UAUGGCAACUCUGUGUGGACUGAUAAAGUAUGCAUCACCAUUUUCUCUUUCUAACGCACGCUCAAUGGCUGAUGUAGCUUCACAAAGCAGAACAAGCAAGAAGUACAACAGUAGAAGAGAAAAUUAAUGAAAUGGCGAUUAAUAUUUUCGUAAACAGUAAACAGUUAACUACUGUUACUACAAAUGGCAUUAGCUUAAAAGAAUUAAAUGAUAUCAUUGAGGAAACGACAAAUUUGCAGCCCAAAGAAUAUUAUCUUACAUGCAAUGGCAAACGUUUAAAUGAAGAUAUAGAAUUUCAACAUGAGAUCGGCAGCAUUCAUUGCAUUCUCCGUCAUGUUGGUGGCAAGGGAGGCUUCGGGUCUAUGCUGCGAGCUAUUGGCGCGCAAAUCGAGAAGACCACAAACCGUGAGGCAUGUCGUGAUUUGAGUGGACGUCGAUUACGUGACAUUAACGAAGAGAAACGAGUCCGGGCAUGGCUGGAAAAGAAAGGCGAGCGUGAACGUGAAGCUGAGGAACGUAAGAAACGCAAAAUUGAGAAACUGCUAGCAGUGCCCAAGCAUGAGUUUAAAGACGAUCAGUAUGAAGAGGCCAGAGCCAAAUUAACCGAAAAGGUGAAUGAUGCCUUCGAGGAAGGACUGAAACAGGCUAAGGAUGCCAAGACGACCUCUGAAGUGAACACUGAUACAACCAAAGUUGUCUCAAGCUCAUCCAAUAUUAGUGCAACAAUUGGUACUAAACGGAAAGGCGACACACGCACAAAUGCAAAGGUUAUAAAGAAGAAAAAAGGCGCACUCUGGAUUGACGACAAUAUAUCUGGCAGUGAUUCAGAUACUGACGACAGCGAAAUUGAAGCUGAUACAAAGAAAUCAAUUAAAUGUUAGAGUUUAUUUGUAUGUUAAACACUAA